AUGUCUAUAAUGCCACGAUCUAAGUAUCCGACGUCCGCAUACUCCAAGGCCAUCAAAAUCAAUUCAUAUAUGAGAACGGUCGUUUAUGCAUGGUUUAUGCUCGGCGAAACUAGUGGAAUAUCAAGGGUCACAAUACGCCACAGCGCGCCUUCCCAGGCGACCUCAAGAACCCUGUUCCACGAGAAGAUAAUAACGCUCUCACAACAUUCAUCACAGCCACGCCUCCGUGUAUAUAUGGUUGAGAAGACUCAGAAAUACCCUUCAAGAAAGGUCCCUACGUCAAUUGUCAUGUCCAGCCUACCUAUCGAUGAGGCGCAGCUCAUUGCGCUCUUCAUGCAGAGCGUAACCUAUGGCAUCCAUGUGGCAACAUUCACUGUGUGUUUUGGGACGCUCAUCAAUAAGCAGGAUUCAAGUUUGCCCGUACACUGGCCAUGGUUCAGUAUAGCCGUCGCCCUCUUCGUUGUUGGGACCAUAGACGUGUCCUUCAACCUUUACCACAACUUGAUUGCAUCUAUUUUCUAUGUCGGGCCUGGCGGCGCCGAGGCAGAAUUCCUGGACAUCUCUACUUGGGUGAAUGUCAUACGCAUGUAUCGCUGCUGGAUUAUCUGCAAUCGGAAAUGGGGUCUCAUGGCUUUCCCGAUGUUGCUGUGGAUUUUAGCGAUUGGGACAGCAAUUACAGAUCUGUACUUUGUCAGCACGUUGAGGACGACGACGACAUUAGUUGACCAGAAGACCUUGCAACCCCUGAUCAUCGCCUAUCUCGUUAUGACGCUCGUCGACAAUGGACUGUGUACUGGCAUGAUUGUACAUCGCAUUUGGCAGAUUAGCCGGCAAAGCUCCGAGUUCUUCACGCAGACUUUCAGAGGAAGCGGCAGGACGAAUCUGAGGGACGUGAUCGUCAUCCUCAUAGAAUCCGCCCUUCUGUAUACCGCUUCGAUCCUAGCCACAUUCGUGUCUGCAGUUGCCAAGAGCAGCAUCAACUACGAGGUCACUGGCAUAGCCUUCGAUCUCAUCAUAAUUCGUAUCAACGGAGGGACAUCCGCGGAGCAAACGCAAGCGUUCACAGACUACGGCGCACAUAGUAACGUUGCUGUGCACGUCUCAAUGAGCACGACUUUGGAUGCUGGGAUCACUCAUAUGAAGACUAGCGGGUCUCAAAAAGCUGUGGGAUCAGGAACGCCUGCAAGCGUGGAGGUUGUCGAAUUGGACAGAUAUUUCCAUCGCCUUCUUGUCGGCGGUUAUGGUGCUCGACGUGAGGUGUCAAGUUGGUGGAACCUUGAUCGAGAUUGCCGGAUCAAGGCAGUGAUCAAUCAUUUCCUUCUUGACGUAGUGAGAGCGCAGUUGAUAAGUUUAUACUGGGAUUUCUCGGCGAACGGGGACCAACUUUGGACGUACGGUAAGCACCUCAGGAAUUCACCGUUAAAUCUCGAUUGCAUUGAGGAUGAGCUCUUGUAUACCCUCUCGAACGUUCGGAUGUCCAUUAAUGCACAGCGCCCUGUCAAUCGUCUUCCUGUCGAGAUUCUCAGCGAAAUCUUCCACCAAGUACUUCCACCAUUCAAAUUGGCUUCCUAUCUUCACGACCACGACCUCAAAGAAUUCUUAGUCCGGGAAUCCUUCUUCGACUUCAAAAAUACUGAUGCGCUGCUUCCACUCACGCAUGCGUGUCGCUGGUGGCGCGAUGUGGCAUUGGACACACCCACUCUUUGGACGACCCUCUACGGCUCCUCUCAUUCUGAUGCCAUUGGCGAGUAUUAUCUCCGCUCGCAAGGCGCGCCGUUGAAAGUGCUCAACAUCAAAAAUACGCAUCUCGACGUACAAUACCUAUGGCAGGUUGACGGACAGCGCAUUCAAUCGCUCGCGUCGAAGACAGGGUGCCAUUCAGAUUUACCCACGUCUUGCGCUCAAGGACUCCACGCCUUCGCGGCACGGGACUGCUUGCUUCAAGGUGAUGUUUCUAACAUAAAAGCGCUUGCCCUACAUGCGGUGGAUUGGCACCUGCCUAGCACCCUCACCAAUCUCACGCACCUUUUCCUCGCCAAAAGGCGGCUACGCGUUGUAGACAUGUCUCGCAUCUUGUCGAUUGCGCCGAGACUGGAAGACAUGGUCCUAUACAAAAUCAGUGCUGAGGAAGCAUUCAACCCUCAUGAAAAUAUCCCCGCUGUGACCCUCCAGCAUCUCCGCCGUCUCGCAAUCUAUUGGCCAGACAAGAACAUUAUAUCCAGACUCUUCUCGCACGUCGGUCUUCCUGCGAGCUUGGCGGUCAACUUCGAGCACUGUCAAGUGUCCGACCUUCAGUGGCUACUCCCUCUGACCCACAAUGACGUAGAUCAUUUGUGCAUUUCUGCUUUGACACACUCAGUAAUCGCAGCUAGUCCUUUGAAAGCGGUGCGUUUCAGUACUAAAGACGACUCGGAAGUAGUGGUGGUCCAAUGGAUCGCGGCUCUACUGUCACAUUUCCAGUCAAAAGAUAUCUGGCUUGCGAACACUUACCACUGGGAUGAGUUUGACGAGGCGAUCAUCAAACACACACCAUGGGUGGAGACACUACACCUUGGGUCCCUCAACUUCAUUAAUAUGAUAGAAAUCCUCGAAAAGAACCCUACCUAUUGGCCGAAGCUCACGAAGGUUGUACUAUCGCGCCCAUAUCACCUUUCCAACAUACUCAAACUCGCGGAGUCUCGGGCCCGAUUGGGCUGCCCUCUGGAGGAGCUCGAAUGCUACGGGAUGCGAAACACGGUCGUCGAAAAGUAUUCACAGGACGUAGAGAAAAUCAAAUCCCAUGUGGAGGCGGUAAAGCUUCAUAAAGAUGGUACAAUCGCACUCCCGUUGCCAGAUGUAUGCACCGACGGUGUUCCCUCACCGUGGUUCAAGUGGCAGAAGAAACUAUUCGAUGUUAGUUCGGGAAACUUACAGAGCGAAACGGGCAUCCCCCCGACGUAA